UAAAUUAACACCAAAUUCAUUAUCACCGUAUCAUUCAUGGCAAACGGUUCAACCGAAUUGAGUUUUUGAAUUUUCGUUUACUGGAACUUUGUACUGUACUCUCGACAUGUCGUCCGAAUAUCCGCCGGUGAUAUCCGCUCUUGACUUUACGGCCGAUUCAAUGGUCGAUGAGACCAUUCCGGACAGUACACCAAUGAAAGACUUUUAUCGGGACAAGACCAUUUUCCUGACGGGUGGUACUGGAUUUCUUGGGCAACUUUACGUUGAGAAAUUGUUGAGGUGCCGUGUAAAACAAAUCUACUUACUCGCACGACCGAAAAAGAACAAAACGUCAUGGGAUCGUGUCCAGGAGAUAUUUGUCGGGCCGCUGUUCAAGCGCCUCAAUUCCAUCGACAAGAGCUACAUGAAACGGAUCUGUUUGAUUGAAGGCGAUCUGGGCGCAUUGAACUUGGGCAUGGCCGACAAUCAGCGCCAGGAAUUGAUCGACAAUGUGGAAAUUGUGUUGCAUGCGGCCGCUGAUGUCAGAUUCGAUAAAACGCUGCAACAGUUGUGUUUGAGUAACGUUCGUGGCACGCGCGAAGUAAUCACACUGACCAAGGAGAUGAAAAAUCUGCUGGUGUUUGCGUACAUUUCCACAGCUUAUUCACACAGUCCGAGGGAUGUGAUUGAGGAGAAAUUCUAUCCCGCACCGGUGGAUCCGGAUCAAAUGAUUCGAGUGGCUGAGUAUUAUAGCGAACGGGACUCGGACGUCUUUGAAACGGUGACAACGCGGUUGAUUGGGCCCUGGCAAAACACGUACGUAUUUACGAAAGCUUUGACUGAAGAACUGGUACGACGGGCAUCAUUACAUGUUCCAACUGUGCUCAUCCGACCAUCAAUCAUCAUCGCCACCCAUGAGGAUCCGAUUCCCGCCUGGUGCAAUAAUACGUACGGUCUGAAUGGAUUUUUGGUCGCUUGUGGCCUGGGCUUUAUCAGAAUCAUGCACUAUUCUAACAAAACGGAAACCAACAUCAUCUGCGCAGACUUUGUAACGAAUGCAACGUUAGCGAUCGUAUGGAAUAAAUCAAAUGAAAUUGAGAGGUUCGAAUCGAAUGAGCAGACUAUGUCCGACGACGAGAUCUCUGGAACCGUGUACAAUGUUACAGCAAAAAAUGACCAUUUAACAUACUGCCAAAUCAACCAGAUCAUGAGCGAGAUGUUUGAAGAAUAUCCGUCUUGUAAUGCAUUAUGGUUACAUCGACCGAACAACACAAAUUGCGCAUUUAUGUACGCUUGGUUGGCGAUUCUUUAUCAUGCCAUUCCAGCUUUCAUUUUUGAUAUUUACUUAAAGAUGACCAACAAUAAGUUCAGACUAAUGCCCAACUACCGGAAAGUAGAACUGUUCCAGUUGCACACGACGUAUUUUAUGAAAAAAACGUGGACAUUCGAAACUGAGAAUUUGAGAAAGAUCAUUGCGAGAAUGUCACGCCACGACCAAGAAUUUUUCCCAUGCGAUGUAAAUCGCUACGAUUUCAGGGAGUUCAGCUACAAAUAUUUGUGGGGCCUGCGCACGUACAUAGCUAAAGAACCGAUCGACAAUAUUGAUGCUGCUAGACGGAAACUGCUCAAAAUGAAAAUUGCGCACUAUUUCGUGUUGGUGAUCUACUACAUCUUUGUGGCUGUGUUUUACUACUUCUUUUUCCAAACGAUCGGCCUGAACAGUUAUAUGCGAAAUGUUUACCGAUCUCAUUUCGCGAAUGCAGUUUAAUCUCGCGUUCGUUUCGAUAAAUUUAUUUAACAAUUCAAUCGACCAAACGUAAUGCUGCUUGCACCAUAACUAUUUUUUAUCGAACAUUUUUCGUGCUUAAAUUAACUGCCAUACACAGCGCUUCUGUACUUACAUGCACUUUGGGCCCGAGCAUCGUGUAUUAGUAUAUGGAGGUUCUUUACUUCAGAUCUCUACCUCUUUACCACUUACUUUGUUUUAACGUUAAAUCCGCAUUCGCAUUACCUUAUGAUAAGAACAAUUAAAAUAAUUUAUUGGAAAA